AUACGCCCUCAGUGCCAUACUGCAGCGAAAGAAAUAUAGGCUAAAAAUCAAAACAUGUCGAGUUAUAUUUUAAAUAGGAGCACAUAUUGAUGAUUUUGAAUGAAAUAAAAAGUAUCAGUUGUGGAUUGUGUGCUCUUAUCUAGUGACUGUUGACUGACAGAUUAACUGCAGUAGCAUCAAAACACAUGACCGCGCAUCAUGCGGAACGGCCCGAUCAUCUGGUCGUUACAUGGGAUAAUUAAAGUCCGAGGUGUUGUGUAGAGUGCCGGGAAUACUGAUGAGGAUGGUGAAGAGAAAGAGGAAGAUUUCCAGGUGGGGACACUGAUUUCUGCACUGGUAAGGUGAAGAUCUCUGGCCAGUUCUCAAUCUCAGCAGUGAAACCUCAUGGACCACACAGCUCAUAGAGAUGAGAGCAGAACCCGCUGCUUUGGGAAUGUUCAGAAUAGACUUGGAUCAAAGCUACCGGCUGGAAUUUCGCAGCCCCCUGGCUUCAUUAUUGCUCCGUGUUCCAUUGGCACUCAGGGUGUAUUGGGGAAGAGUGUUGGGCAGGAAUAUGUCAAAGGACAUCACCAAAUCCGAAACCCCAAACUGAGACAGUACUAUCUUAAGGAGGCAGCAUUUCCUCCAGAAGUUCCGACAACAAAGACUUUGGAGUCAUGCAGAAACACUAAUCAUGGGUUCCCCAAGAACAAGGCUUCAUCUUCACCGCCAACUGCAAGUCAAGAGCAAAGCCUUGAUCCUGCGGUCGACAGCAUCGUUGGGGUAACCCAGGCUCUUGUGUCCCCAUCAACAGAUGCGGAAUAUGACAAGCUGACGGACGUGGAGGCGGUGCCUUUACCUGAUGGGAAGGUGUGUCUAUUGGCUCUGCCUUCUGAAUGUUCCCAAGGGCAGGGGCCAGCAGGCAUGUCUUGCCUCAAACUGUUCUCUCGCUAUAUUACAGAUAGAAAGGGUGUAGUGUCUGGAAUAUUGCUGGUGACGUCCAGUAAGAUCUUCUUCGACCCUCAGAAAAGUCACCCACUCGUGCAGGAGAACGGGUGUGAAGAUUAUGUGUUCUCCUGCUCUGUGUAUGAUCUUGCUUCUGUGUCUUUCUACAGAGACAUCUCCCACAUUCACUUCAACAAGGCCACACACAGAUUUAACAGUUUUAAGACAUCCUCCCAAAACCAAACCAAGUGCAGCGUCCGUCUGCCUGCGAUAGAUGCUGUUCUCACUCCUGAGCCCUCCACGCUACACCAUCUGCCUGUGACUCUGGGUACAAAGGCAGAGAAAGAGGAUGAGGAAGGUAUGGAGACUGGCGACAUGGCUGAAGUUGAGAGACAGCUGACAUUGGAGUCUGGAAGAAUUCUGACGGCCGCUGCCACCUUUUGUUGUGGUGGACCUGAUGGUAAAUAUGAACAUAGAAGCAGGGUGGAACAGCAGUCGGGUUUGGAUAAACAGCUGUUAGGUUCCUGUACUGCUACAUCAAGUGCCGAUACAGUUGGAUCUCUAAUGUUUGUGAGAAUUCGACUAAAACAACAGGGGAAGAGAAAGGCUUUGUUUAAACCUAAAAUUACCUCCAGAGACUCUUGGUUCACAAUGCAGCAGGAAAGUUCAGACAAGCUGUACGCGUACCUGAGCCAGCAUCGGCCGGACCUGUGCAUCCUUGAGGGAGGUCAGGAGGAAGCUGAUGAAGAUUUUGUGCUCCUGGAUGAGGAGGAGCAGGAGGAAGAGGUUGAAUCGCCAAGAGAAGGACGGGCAGGGGAGGACUGGGAGAUGGUGACAGUGGAGGAAAGUGCACCGAAAGCCUCUAUUUCCACUGAACCAGAAGGUCUAAGUCACAUAUUGAAGCAGAGUGUCAUACUGGAUCCUCAGCAAGUUAGAGAGAUCUCGCAAGAACUGCCUCCACGUACAAUCGGAUACACGUGGCGUCUGUCUUACAGCAUAGACAAACACGGCGCCAGUCUGAAGACUCUCUACAGGAAACUUAGCACCACAGACUCACCUGUGCUGAUUCUCAUCAAAGACCACAACCAGCAGGUUUUUGGGAGCUUCCUCUCGCAUCCACUGCAUCCCAGUGAGACUUUUUAUGGCACUGGAGAGACGUUCCUGUUUCUGUCUCAUCCUCGCUUUAAGUGUUUCCACUGGACUGGAGAGAACUCUUUCUUCAUCAAAGGAGAUUUGGACUCUUUUGCCAUUGGUGGAGGAAGCGGUCACUUUGGUCUGUGGGUGGAUGAGAGGUUGUAUGUUGGCAGAAGCAGCCCCUGUUUCACCUUUAAUAACUGCAGCCUGUCUGAGACCAACGACUUUACCAUUCUCGAGCUGGAGGCCUGGACAUUCGGCUGAUUUAGCAUGCUGUAAAUAACUCAAAGUUUCACGAUUUAAUGGAGAAUAUGGCCAUUAAGAAAAAAGACAACUCUUUAGAACUUGUAAAUGAAGAGACAGAAACAGGAACUUCAGGUUGCAGACUGUGUGAAGAGGGAUUAUUCUGCUUGAAGGUUUAUCAAAGAGAGAUGAAUGAAUGCUCACUUUACUUAUCAUCUCACUGCCAUUAUCCAGAAGAAAACCUAUUUCAUCUUGUGAUUUAAGAUGCGGUUGGUGAAGUCCAGUGUUUUAGGCCACAUCAACUCAACUGUAUGAAAUCACCUUUCAUCACUGUAUGAGAAAUAAUAUCUAAAUUCUAGGACAGUUUGCAGAAUGAGCUGUCGAAAUUCAUGGUACUAGUGAGGUUGACCAUGGCACCGAAGUGCCAUCUGGUGGUAGGAUUGUUCCUAAAAAUAUGUUUACAGUAUGAACAUCUUUAUGAGGUCCCUCCUCGUAUAUAGGAUAUGAAAAUAAGUGGAACCCUGUAAAAAGUGUUGAUAAAAGCCUCUCUGCUGUUUGAAAGCGAUUGAUUGGUAUCUUUGGUGUCAUAAACACUGUUUUUGCAUUAUUCUGGGCCAACAGCAGCACUUUUACACAUGGAAAAGGUUUCUCGUGAGUUAAACCACAACUUAAAUGACUGGGCGGAAUACCACACAUUAAAACUCGCAAACACACAAUCCCAGAAUAGCAUGUUUCAUGUCUGACAAACUUAUUUGGCAUCAUCUUAGAAAUAUACAAAGUAUAUUUAUACUUUGUGAACGAGUCCCUGUAGGAUAACAUACAAUAAAUUGUGUAAAUAACUUAAUAUAUUAGUGAUAUUAUUGCACAGGUCAAUUAUCAAAAUAUCGGUUCUAAAAACUAAAUUAUAGUCAUUCAAGACUAAUGCAAUAUUUAUGUGCUGUCACUGUAAAAUCUGUGUUAAUUUCUAAAAGUGUUAACUCUUGUUACCUAUUCAAAUAUCAGAUCAAUAAAAACACUUAAUAAUU